AUAACUGAGCCAAUAAUGGUUACUGCAACACACUCAUCAUCGAGCCUAAUGCAAGAGUCUUACAUAAAUAACCAAAACAAAUAACCAAAACAACAGUCUGACCAUCAAAAGAAACAAAACAAGCAAUAAUAAAAUAAGCACCACCGUGGAAACUCUGCACCUGCAGCUUCAUGAACACAUCAGGCGGGCCUAGGAGCUGAGACCCGCCUCCUCCCCGUUUUUUGUGCUGUCCAGUGCCAUCUCCUCCCCUGAGUUGUUUUCCUCUGACGGUUCCUUCCAGACUCUCCUGCGCUUUUGAUCCACCGCGACCUCCCCUGCACCGCUUCUAGUCUCUUCCUUUGUGCCACUGCUUUCAGACUCAGCUGUAUUUCCCUUACGUUCCUCUCCCAUAGUGCCUUCUCCAUUAUGUUGAGCCCUUCAGUGCUGACUCGAACCUCCCUGUUUAUCCCCCAACCACUUACCGCCCCUCGUGGGGCUAAUCUUACCCCCAACACCUGCUCUCAGAUCAGCACUAAAAUUUUUCUCCAAAACUAGACCCUCCACAUAUUUUAAUGGACAAAACUUCUCAGAGUGCCCCAUAAUCCCACAAAUGAAGCAGAAGCUUGAUAAUUUUUCAUAUUUAAAAUCUACCCAGUGUCCUUCCCCUCCUUUAGUCAAAGUGGAACCCUUUUUAAGGGUCUUCUGACAUUUAUCUUUAUCCUAACCCUCAAGUAAGAACUCCAUUUUCCCUUAAAGUGGCUUUCAUCAAAACUAAUAAAUUCCCCAAUAUAGUUACCCACCCUCCUAGCAGUAUCUACAUUCAUAAACUUGUACGGCACAUUGUGCACUUGCACCCAGAACUCUGCUUCAAAUAAGUCCAUUUUAUGCGGUAUAUCAUUAGGGCCAACUGCCUUUAGCAGUAACAGAUUCCGCUCAAAUAGCCAAGGACCAUCUUCUAUAACACGAUUCAUAUCAAUUUUAUGAUUAAAAGUGAAAAGAUACCUAUUUUCAUCAAUUUCUUGAAACGCCAUUCCUCUUCCUGGCCUCCAGAGCGAUACAAACAGUUCCUGUAGUGACUGAGAUCUGACUUUCCGGUCGGUGAGAAUGACUCCCACCACCGGAAACUCCGCCUCCUUUGCCUUUGGAACGGUUGCUUCUUCUUCUUCCUCAUCAUCAAAAUUCAGUACUAUUUUCUUUCUCCAAAGCCAGUCGUCUAUACUGCUCUCCCACAUCCUCCAUAGUUGAAAAAUCCCAAACCACAGCCGCCGAUAUGCCCCUUCGAGAGAAAAGCUUGCUCGUCCCAAACCCACAGCCACAGCAGUCGAAUUUGAUGUCUUCGUCUGCACUCUUCCAAAACCUGCCGAUAGCAACAAACCAAAGCCACCUUCUCGCCCUUCCUUAGUAUCGAUACAAUUCGAACCAAGGUUGACAGGCGAAGAGGGAAAUAUCGGGCUACACUAAGGCAACGGCGGAAAACCGCCGAACCCUAGAGAGAAAAAUUCGUCGGACAAUUCAUUCUUAUCCUAUAUUUAAAUCUCCGAAUCUUUUUUUGACAAAACAAAGGCCUCUCAAAGAAAAAGUGGAACUUUAAUAUAAGAAGAUCAUGAAUAGUUGAGAUUAUUGGUGUGAAUUUUUCCACUAACUAAAUUAUAAGUAUACGUACGUCCUAUUUCAGAUUUUCAAGGAACUAGCUAGUAGCUAUAUCGGUGAGUCAAAAUAUGAAGUUCUUAUUUUAGAUAUUUUAUGAUAAAGUUGUCUGGACACAUGAGAACACGAAUAAAAUGGGGGGCGGUGAUGCACUGAUGCUGGUGUGGAGUCAAGUAGACAGACGCCUAGCCUGAAUGUCUAGUUCUGGGUGCGUAAGAAAGAAUACAUAAAAAAAAAAAAAAAAAUGCCAAGUCGUUGAAGGCUUGCUUACAUUAAUUUUGGGCUGAAAGGAUAGGUGAGAUAAUGGAGUGGACUGAUAGAAGUAGACAACUAACCAGUAUAAAGUGGGUGCUCUAACUCCCACCCUCAGCUCUUAAUUACUCCAAUCUCUGCUCCUUUAUUAAUACUGUAAACCGCCCCAUUCUUGGUAAGAUCGAAUUCAAUAAAACACACAAGCUAAGUACGACUACUUAAAUAAAUGGUGCUCUCCGCCGCCGUCACCGUAGUACUGCUGCUGCCUCUCAUCACCUUGAUGACUGGCGCUGCAGCCAAAGUCCCGGCGGUGAUAGUGUUCGGCGACUCCUCCGUGGACACCGGCAACAACAACCGGAUCUCCACGCUCCUCAAGAGCAACUUCGAGCCCUACGGCCGCGACUUCAUCGGCAAGCGCCCCACCGGGAGGUUCUCCAACGGUCGGGUCCCGUCGGACUUGAUAUCCGAGGGUCUCGGCCUCCGCCCUUUCGUCCCAGCCUACCUCGACCCCGCUUACAAUAUUUCCGACUUCGCAGCUGGCGUCUGCUUUGCCUCCGCCGGCACUGGCUAUGACAAUGCUACCUCCGCCGUCCUAAACGUGAUACCAUUGUGGAAGGAAGUGGAGAACUACAAAGAGUAUCAGAAGAAAUUGCGGGCAUAUGCGGGAGGGAGAAGGGCGAGGUACGUGAUCCAGGAGUCGCUGUAUGUGGUGAGCAUGGGAACCAACGACUUCCUGGAGAACUACUACAUGCCCGGGAGCCGGAGGGGGAAGCAGUUCACGGUGGAGCAGUUCCAGGGCUUCAUCCUCGGGAUCGCCGAGAAGUUCGUGAGGGAAAUCUAUGGGUUGGGAGCGAGGAAGAUAGCCCUGGGAGGGCUCCCUCCCAUGGGCUGUCUCCCCCUGGAGCGAACCACCAGUUUCCUGGGCGGCUUUGGCAAUGUCUGCAACCAAAAGUACAACACCCUGGCUGCGCGUUUCAACACCCUUUUGAAUGUCAUGAUGAGUAAGCUCAACCGGGAGCUUCCCGGACUCCGCCUUGUUUACUCCGACGCCUACACCGUUUUGCUUCAGAUCAUCACAAAACCUUCCUCAUAUGGGUUUGACGUGGCAUCAGUCGCUUGUUGCGGCACAGGGCUUUUCGAGAUGAGCUACCUGUGUGACCGGAUGAACCCGUUCACAUGUACGGAUGCGAAUAAGUACGUCUUCUGGGAUUCCUUCCAUCUCACCGAGAAAACCAACCGGAUCAUUGUUGACUACCUGAUGAAAAACACCCUGCGCCAAUUUCUCUAGUCAAUCUGCCCAGCCGUAGUAAUUAAUUAAAUUAUACACGUACAGAUAUUGAUUAUUUUUGUCCUUUGUUAUACGUAGUAUAAUAAUAAUACGGAGUAUAUGAUAUGCAUUACACACACCUUAAUUAAUUAUGUUGGUUGGACGUACUCCGUACUUAAAUUAUUAGGUGUUGUGCAAUUAAUUACGUCGUAAUAAUACAUGUGCGUGCUAGCGUCUAUCAUACUGGGCGUGUAUGAAAUUUCUCCUAAUUAUAUGAUAAAUAAAUAUUAAUAUUAAUUAGGUGCAUGUUACUAAACAUUAUUUGAUUAAAUUCCAAGAUCGAC